UGCUUUGCUAUUCAAACUCACUGACCGUAUAUAGAAAGUGCGGGUUGGAAAUUCUUCAGUCGAACAGGUCGGGGUUGGGCUUUUUGAAAACGGGUACGUGGUGCAUGUCUGUUUCUGCAUCGCCCAAAACUUUCCAUUCUGGAAUUGCAAUAUUUCAGGCAAACUUUGGGGAAAGAGAUUGUCUCGAUUGAGAAUCAUACUGGGGUAAGACUACCGUCUUCACGAUGGAGAUGUAGCUGAACAGAGACCCCGGUGUAUCGGUCUUGGAGAGCAAAAUCUUGGCCUGAAAUUGGAGACUUUUGAUUCUGUCAAAAGUGGAUGCCGUGAAGUGUGCGUUGCGUUGCAGCUGUUAACCAGUGGAUGCUUUGCUCAAUGUGUUUGGGUACACAACAACUAUCAGUCGAUCAGCGGUGCAGUCGUCUGAUUCCACCCGAAGGUGAACCUACUGCUGAUUGGGAUUAGCAAUCACCUCAUCUGAUGUAGAGGAACAUCACCCACUGAAGAGGGUGACGAAUAGACGAAUGUGACGCUGCCUGGUGCCGCAUCCAAUAUUCCUGUCAUUCAAGGUCACCUUCAGCUGUUUCAAUGACGAAGAUCAAUAGGUGUUCACCAGACAACGGGUCGAGUCACGGGCUGACGGCUGGCCCCCAAGGCCAGGCUUUUCCCAAUUCGUCCCAGACUUUGUAUGCGUGAAGUUGUUUGCAUAUUUUACACGGACGAGUCGGCCCUGAAACUAUUGACAUUGGACAGUUUCGAAUCAAUACUGCUUAGUGGAUUCUGAUUGUAAAAGUUGAGACUUCUGAAGACAUAAAUCAUAUCUGACUUUACACUUGCAAAGUCAACAAGGAACAUUAACAAAAUGGCGGUUCGAGUGUGUUGGUACGGUAUUUUUGUCGGCGUUCUGCUGCUCGUCAGUUAUCCGGUAGACGGUGACGUGACGGUGCAGGUCGACGCAUCAACGAGCCACCCCAUGGAGGGCCACUCCACCUCACUGAGCUGCCGAGUCCGAAGCAUGAACCAAUCCCAAGUAAUCGUCUGGAGCAAGGACCGGAGGUCCAUCACGUGGGGAGACACCAUGGGCCAGAUGAUGUCGUCCAGAUUCGAACUAGACAUGGAGAGCAGGAACACCUCUGAGGGGAUGUUGACCAGUUACAUACUGACCAUUAACGACGUCACCAGAGACGACGACGGGAGUUACGAGUGUGAGGUGCUCCAAGAGAACGAUGGGCACGGUUACUCGGCAAUGGCGUCGAAGGCUGUCCACCUGUCGGUGUUGUACUUUCCGUCUAGUGUCUAUCCAUACUGCUCGCUGAACGGGAGUCAGACUCUUCUGACUGGGACCGAGCUGACUGUAACCUGCACCUCCGAGGUUGGCAACCCGCAGAUCAUCUCCGAGUGGAUGACGGGUGAUGACACCGUUCCAUCGCCGAUGUAUCGCAACGUCGAGUCCUCCAGCAUGAUGGUUUCCGAACUCGCGUUUACAGCAAGUCAUGAUCUACAGGGUGCGACGUUUGUCUGCCGAGUGACCAGCGAGGCAUAUCCCGAAACUUAUCGGACCUGCUCACUGGGACCACUCCGGAUAAUGGACUGGCCGGUCGUAGAGGUUACGCGCAGUCUGGAGAGGGUUACAGAAGGAGCCGACAUUCAUUUCCUUUGCAGCACUGAUCCUGUCGUGCCCUCGUUGAAUUGGGAGACCAUCCCGAGUAUCGACCCGGAGAGAUUGAAUGUUAUGGACGGCGGCGCGAUACUGACGGUCAAAAAUGUACAGCUGGGAGACAACAUGACCAGCGUGAUAUGCCGAGUGCCGUACAGGGACACAUACGUAGAGAACCGGAGUACCCUUAUCCUGCCCGCCAAACCACACGUGGAACCAACUCCAUCACUUCAUGCCACAUCAGAGCUUUGCGUUCCGUGGUUUGCGGCUUUCCUCUUCACGGUUGUCAUCAGCUUUGUCCUGUGCAUCAUCGUCGUCCGGUUGCUCAUGAAAAUCAAACUGCUGACUUACAAACUAAACAAUUCCAAAACUGUCGAGCGGGGCCGUGAGUCCGUGCGUAGCGUCGAUACGGGGACGUCUAGAAGUCUAAAGAAGGACAGUGUACUUACCUGGCCGGCCUCGCUUCGUAGCAGUUCCUCAAACUGGUCCAUGAGGUCUGAUAAAGAACUGAAGGACCAGAGGCGCCAGUCCUGGGUCUACAUCCCUCCUCCAGGAGAUGACCUUAGUUCUGCGAUGGCAGAACCAACAACCUACACUGAGCUCUCACCAGAUCCCGCGGACAGAACCAAAUCGUACAGGAAGCCAAGUAAGACCGUCUCACUCCAAGGAAUCCACCUCUCAGACAGCGACUCUUACGUGACACCAAAUUCACAUUCCAAACCAAUGGCCAAAUCAGCGUCUGCAUCACCGCAGAAAAACUACAAGAAAUCUGGGAAGGCGGUGAUAAGGGCGUCGCCGACUAAAACCCCGACAUCACAGCCGGGCAACAACUCUAAAAGGGGAGACAUCGGGACGGUCAGCGAAAGAGUUCCCAUGAGGCAGUCCAGUGUGAUCGAGAUGUCUUCAUACAUGGACCUCGACGAGCAAACUAAGGACUUAUCCCCCAAAAAGCAGACAUAUCAAGCCCUACAGAAGACGCCAAAUUCCUCCAGGUACGUUUCCAAACCACUGAAAUCUUCCCUGAAGAAAACCGCUGAGAAAGCUUCGUCCGUGAAGAAAUUCAGCGCGGAUGACAUGAUGGGUGACAGCGGGAUAUACGGGGAAAGUGGAUUGUACAUGAAACAAGGAGAGGGAGACAUUCGAUCUACCGACUCUGAAAUGAGCAAACCAGCUCAACGACAAGAUUCCAUGAUGGGGGAGAGAGCAUCGUACAUGCCGUUGGGUACCGUGAAGAGCAAGCGUGCCACGGCACAGAGCAGCCGCAAUCGCCGCUCAGGAACACUGAGCAGUGAGAGCAGCACUGACGCACGCGAUACUCGCUCAGGCUAUGAGGUGCCUCCUGAUGCGGGAACAACAGAUGAUUACAUGGGGGAGGCGGUCUACGAGAAAUCCCUCGACACCAAGGAUGGCGGGAAAGGUCCAGCUCGUGGUCAAUCUCGGGCAUCCUUGUCUUCAAGUGCACCCAUGCCGAAUCCCAGCGCUCGUGGUCGAAAAGGUGCAGAUUCGACGUCUUGCGAGAGCCCUUCUUCGUCAGAGAACGGCAAGAACCCAGUGUAUUUCACGCUGGAGCAAGACAACUAUGGAGCCGACAUCAGUUCCGAAAGCGAGUCCUACCAAGGGCCCGAGUCCUACCAAGGGCCCGAGACCUACCAAGGGCCCGAGACCUACCAAGGGCCCGAGACCUUUGACAGGAAUCCCAUCGGCAAACCCGCCAAGUCCGCACCAGCUCGCAAGCAUUCGUCAACCUCCGAGACAUCCUAUCUAGACCUCACCGACGCCGAUGGAGAGAUAAAAGGCUACAUGGACAUGACUAAAGCAAAACCCAAGCAACUCAAGGCGCCCUCAACGGUCACCAAGAUGCCACCGAAGGCCGUCAAGGUGCCGCCAAAGGUCACCAAACAGGUCAGCCUAUCAGAUUCCGAGUGCUCCUCUAAUGGAUACUACCUACCGAUGGAGGGCGAUCACCGGGGCAGCGAGUACGCCGUACCGCCCUCCAACCAGCUGAAGCAACUCACGGUCGGAGAGAGCGACCCAAAGGAGGUGAUCGGCUCGAUGGAAUCUCACGCGGUGCCGCGCGUCGAGCGCAAACUGAGAAAGAAAGGCGGCUGGGGCAGAAUAUUCAAGAAGUGACAAAAAACUGCAGGAAGCGAACAAUAAUCAGGCCAUUUUAACUGCAAAACUGGACCACUAGCCUUCCUUUAAAGGCAUAUUAUAGGAACAUGUUCAUCCAGAUUAUUAUCAAAACCUUAUUUGUACAGGUACUAAAGACCCCUGUGAAAUUAUUUCUUAUGGUUUACUGUCAUUUCAGAAGAAAUUGCAAAAUGUAGCUGAUUUCCAAGGAUCAUUCAAUUUGACUGAUCGCUGGAAAAGUAUUUUACGUUUCGCGAACAAAAAAGGUUGUGCAUGCAUUUUGUGGGUUUCUUUUUUUUUUUGUCAUUGCCCAAUUUCAUAGCGCUGCUCAACGGCCGACAUUGUGCUUACCGAGCCUCCAUCUAUUUCAUAGGGACCGUUAAGCAGUAAGUGCAGCAAAAGCACGCUAAAUCCCAGAGGAAAACUAAAUCAGUGACGUAACAAUAGAAAUGCGUGCACAAAAGUUAGCAUGAAAUAGUGCUUAAGCAGUAGCAUGAUUUUCUGCUAUCGUAAGCACAACUUUUCUGCUUACUGUUAAGCAGUGUUAUGAAAUUGGGCUGGUAAUCAUGGCUCAAACGAUCAACAGGAGCUUGAUAUUAAAUAUUAUACUUUUAUUUCAAAAAAAAUCCCGCACUUAUGUGUAACCUGAACCCAUUACUAAAUGUACAUUGUUUAAUUCUAAUGUACAUUCUAAUUAAUGAACAAAAAUUAACUUAGUAUGGAUGAGUUUUAUAUUAAUAUGAAGACCAUUUUGCCCCUCUAAGUUGUAUAACUAGGCCUUUUUAUAACCGUGAGCCUUUUAUGUAUUUCUAACUUUUACAAUGACCAUGUAUUUUACAAUUUUUAUCUUAUCAAUGUACCAUCGUUCACUGUCCAAUAUAAAUUUGUAAUGACGUGCAUAUUUCAAGUGCUUAUUUAUGUAUAUUGGCUGCAUGUACUCAGAUGUGGAAAAAUCUUUCCUUUUAUAAGGCAAAGUACAAAAAAAACAUGUUUAGCGUCCUGCCUUUUUGAAGCGGGAAGCCCUUCCCCCCUCUAAAUUGGCCGCCUAACCGGGUUUUUUUUUUCAAGAUGGUGUUAGUUUUUUUUUUUUUUUUUUUUUAAUGGCCGCCAUCACGGGACUCAGGAAAUGACAUACAUGUACCGGCUUUAUAUGGGCUAUAUGCAACAAGGAGCCAAAAUGAUAUCACUGUAAAAAAUAAUUAUUUUUUUUUUUCUGUUUUAAAAAAGACAAGAGGAGGCCUCCAAAAAGCAAGCGGGCGAGGACGCUAAACAUGUUUUUUUUUUAUUUGGCCUGAAGUUUGUACUUCGCAUAAAAAUAGUGAAUAAGGAUUUAGUGGUUUUAAUAUUACUGCAACACUUGUAUAUUUGAGUAUGGUUUCCGAGUUUAAAGUGUAUAUUUUUGAAGAUUAAUCCUUAGGCUAGGUGUUGUACACCGUAUCGUAAGUUUCCAAUUAAUUUUCUUAACCAGACACUGCAAAUUAAGGCGAUAACAACAAACAAGCUCAUUUCGUACUUGUUUCACGAGCGCUCACAGUACAUUAUAAUCAUCUCGUCAGAACAUGCACGCAUAUGACAACUGUAAAACUUAUUGAAAUGUUUCAUGGAUCAGUCGUUAGUCAAGCUUAGAACAAAAGUGGACGGACGAAUAUCUGCGCAUGUGCAUAUCAAACAUUUUGGUUCCACGUCAGGUGAAGCAUACAUGGAAUGCAAAACACGAUGCCGUCAAAAAAUCUUCGAAAAUUGAACCACUGUUCGCCUCAAACACGGUGAUCAUUUUUUAAAACUUAUUUCAGGACCAAAAAAAUCGUCAAAUUUGUUGGUACCUUCUUCCGAUUUCGCAAAGGAAGGGCUUUCUCUCGCAGAAAAAGUAUGUUCUUUAUGUGCACACGCGUAGUUGGAGUAAUGAACUGGCUUGUUUUACAAGUUGAUUUGGGGUUUUUUUGAACAAGGUUAUGCAUUGACGAGUAUUAAUUCGAAUUUCCCAACGAAACCAAAAGGUGCUAGUUUGUAUCAUCAAAAGGAUUUAACUGCCAUAAACGAUUUACAAGAGUUCACAUCUA